CGGAGAACGAGAGGCGAUAAUUACCUUACGAGACGCUCUAGCCAAGAGCCGUAAACGGGAAGGGGGGGCGGUUAUAAGAGUUUGCCUCUCUAGGAAGGAGCACUCUCUGGUUUACAGAGUCAGGGAGAGCGCGUGAAGUUUUGGCGGGAAGGAUUUCCAGCUGCGCUUCUCCGCCUCAGAGGCCCUGAGGGAGCGGAGCCCCGCCAACUCUCCCCCCUGAAAACGGGAAAGGGGCGGGGCGACUGGGUGGGGGAGGGUCUCCCGUGACCGAAGGCGGCCUCGAAGGGAGUUUUCCCCCGUCGUGACUGCGUUGAAGCCGGAGACCGAAUGGAGGCCCGGGGGUCUCCUUUCCAGGCGGGGAGCGGCGGCCCGAGCGGCCUCCCCGAGGAACCCCACAGCCCCGAAGCUGAGCGCUGGCGCUUCCGCAGCUGCGUCUCCCGGGAGGCCGAGGGGCCCCGGGCGCUUUGCAGCCGCCUGUACGGGCUGUGCCGGGGGUGGCUGCGGCCCGAGCGGAGCAGCAAAGCCGAGAUGCUGGACCUGGUGGUGCUGGAGCAGCUGCUGGCCCUGCUGCCCCCGGAGCUGGCGGGCUGGCUGAGGGAGUGCGGGGCCGAGAGCUGCGCCCAGGCGGUAGCCCUGGCCGAAGGCUGCCUCCUCGGCCCCGCAGCCGCCCCGGAGCCCCGAAAGGGGCAGCAGUUGCAGGAACCAUAUGUGGGGGAAAUGUCAGCAGAGUACCAGGGACGAGAUCAAUCAAGUUGUUCAGUAGAGCUUUUUUUCAGGAGGAUCCAACUGGGGACAGCUUGCCAGAGCUAUGUUACCUUUGAGGAGGUGGCUGUGGAAUUCACAGAGGAGGAGUGGGCACUGCUGGAUUGUGGCCAGAAAGCCUUGUGCACAAAAGUCAUGCUGGAUGUUUCUAGGAAUAUAGCUUCUAUAACAGAUGAUGGUGAUUGUAAUGGGCUAGAGAACAAGAAGGACAAGCAGCUGAAGUUAUUGAAAUGGCCAAGAGGAGUAUCUGCAGAGAGCCAUUCCUUCUCUUUUACAAUACCUAAAAUACGGAAUACGGAACAUAAACCACAACGGUCUGUAAAAUGUGAGAGGGAUUUCAGACUAAGCAAAAAGAUGAAACUAUGCAUGAACUGUGGAAAGAGCUUCAGUAGCAAGAGUAUUCUUAAUUGCCCUCAGAGGAGCCACAUAGGUGAGAGGCUAUAUAAAUGUCCAGAAUGUGAAAAAAGCUUUUGUCAGAAAACAGAGAUGAUUUGUCCUAAAAAGAUUCACACAGGGCACAGACCAUAUAAUUGCCUGGAAUGUGGAAAGAGCUUUUUUGAGAACAGUGAUCUUACUCAACAUCAAAGGAUCCACACAGCGGAGAAACCCUAUAAAUGCCUGGAGUGUGGAAAGAGCUUCACUCAGAAAGGAAAACUUAAUUCUCAUAAAAAGAUCCACACUGGGGAGAGGCCGUAUAAAUGCAUGGAGACUGGAAAGAUGUUUAUUGACAGCUGGCACCUUACUCUCCACCAAAGGAUGCACACGGGGAAAAGACCAUAUAAAUGCUUGGAGUGUGGGAAAAGCUUUAACUGGAGCAAUAAUCUUAUUCGUCAUGAAAGGAUCCACACGGGGCAGAGACCAUAUAAAUGCAUGGAGUGUGGAAAAAGAUUUGCUCAAGCAACACAUCUUAAUUCUCAUAAAAGGAUCCACACUGGGGAGAGACCAUAUACAUGCAUGGUGUGUGGAAAGAGUUUUGCUCAAAAAGCAUAUCUUAAUGAUCAUGAAAGGAUCCACACAGGCGAAAGACCAUAUAAAUGCACAGAGUGUGGAAGUGACUUCCGUACAAGGCAUAAUCUGAGUCGCCAUCAGAGGAUCCACACAAAUGAAAAAACAUGGUUGCAUGGAGUUUGGAAAGAGAGUUACCGAGAGCACACAUCCACAUUUCGGAGAGGAUUGCGGGAGAGAGAAACCCCAGGUGGCCAGAAACCGCAAUCAAAGCAGGUUUUAUCCCAAGGCGCUUUGCUCACUUCAGCCCAGCUCAACCUUCACCCCACCCAUCAUUCCCGGUCCCUGCAGCAGCCCUUCUCGACCCUCGCAUCCCCCCCCCGCCACUCUCGACGAAACGGCCCGCCACGAGCCUUUAACCGUCCGAAAGAGGCGGGGCGACUGGGUGCGGGAGGGUCCGCCGUGACCGAAGGCGGCGGCCUCGGAGGGAAUUUCCCCCGUUGGGGCUGCGCUGAAGCCGGAGACGGAAUGGAGUUCCGGGGGUUUCCCCUUCAGGCGGGGAGCGGCCUCCCCGAGGAACCCCACAGCCCCGAGGCUGAGCGCUGGCGCUUCCGCAGCUGCGUCUCCCGGGAGGCGGAGGGGCCCCGGGCGCUUUGCAGCCGCCUGUACGGGCUGUGCCGGGGGUGGCUGCGGCCCGAGCGGAGCAGCAAAGCCGAGAUGCUGGACCUGGUGGUGCUGGAGCAGCUGCUGGCCCUGCUGCCCCCGGAGCUGGCGGGCUGGCUGAGGGAGUGCGGGGCGGAGAGCUGCGCCCAGGCGGUGGCCCUGGCCGAAGGCUGCCUCCUCGGCCCCGCAGCCGCCCCGGAAAAGCUGGCAAAGGGCCGGCAGUGUGGAAAGAGCUUCACUCAGAAAGGAAAACUUAAUUCUCAUAAAAAGAUCCACACUCAGGAGAGACCAUAUAAAUGUAUGGAGUGUGGAAAGAUGUUUAUUGACAGCUGGCACCUUACUCUCCACCAAAGGAUGCACACGGGGGAAAGACCAUAUAAAUGCUUGGAGUGUGGGAAAAGUUUUAACUGGAGCAAUAAUCUUAUUCGUCAUGAAAGGAUCCACACUGGGGAGAAACCAUAUAAAUGCUUGAGGUGUGGAAAAAGUUUUGCUCAAACAGUACAUCUUAAUACUCAUAAAAGGAUCCACACGGGGGAGAGACCAUAUAAAUGUUUAGAAUGUGGGAAAAGGUUUAGUUGUAGCAGAAGUUUAAUACAUCAUGAAAGGAUCCACACUGGGGAGAAACCAUACAAGUGCAUGGAGUGUGGAAAAAACUUUACUCAAGCAGCACAUCUUAAUUCUCAUAAAAGGAUCCACACUGGGGAGAGACCAUAUAAGUGCACAGUGUGUGGAAAAAGCUUUGCUCAAACAGCUCAUCUUAAUUCUCAUAAAAGGAUCCACACAGGGGAGAGACCAUAUAAAUGUUUAGAAUGUGGGAAAAUGUUUAAUUGUAGCAGAGUUCUAAUACAUCAUGAAAGGAUCCACACUGGAUUCACACAGAGGAAAAACCAUAUAAAUGCUUGGCGUGUGGAAAGAGUUUCGCUUGGAAAGUAUGUCUUACCCGGCACCAAAGGUCUCACACUGGAGAAACCAUAUAAAUGCACUGAGUGUGGAAAGAGCUCUGCUCGGUUAGAAAAUAAGAAUUAUUCCUCCGUGUCUGGGAAGGCAAGAGGAAUCUGUGGUGGGAGCGACUUGCAGCUGCUCUUCUUCGCCUCAGAAGCCCUGAGGGAGGGGAGCCUCGCCCACUUCUCCCCUGAAAACGGGAAAGGGGCGGGGCGACUGGGUGGGGGAGGGUCCGCCGUAACCGAAGGCGGCGGCCUCGGAGGGAGUUUCCCCCGUUGGGGCUGCGCUGAAGCCGGAGACGGAAUGGAGGCUCGGGGGUUUCCCCUUCAGGCGGGCGGCGGCCUUCCCGAGGAGCCCCGCAGCCCCGAGGCUGAGCGCUGUCGCUUCCGCAGCUGCGUCUCCCGGGAGGCCGAGGGGCCCCGGGCGCUUUGCAGCCGCCUGUACGGGCUGUGCCGGGGGUGGCUGCGGCCCGAGCGGAGCAGCAAAGCCGAGAUGCUGGACCUGGUGGUGCUGGAGCAGCUGCUGGCCCUGCUGCCCCCGGAGCUGGCGGGCUGGCUGAGGGAGUGCGGGGCGGAGAGCUGCGCCCAGGCGGUGGCCCUGGCCGAAGGCUGCCUCCUCGGCCCCGCAGCCGCCCCGGAAAAGCUGGCAAAGGGCCGGCAGUUGCAGGAGCCAUUCAUUGGGGAGAUCUCAGCAGAGCUCCAGGGAAGAGGAGAUCCGUCCAAUGAUUCCGAAGAGAUUCUUUUCAGGAGGAUCCAACUGGAACCACCUUGCCAAGACUCUGAUCCCUUUGAGGAGGUGGCUAUGGACUUCACAGAGGAGGAGUGGGCACUGCUGGAUUCCGGCCAGAAGGCCUUGUGCAGGGAAGUCAUGCUGGAGGUUUCUAUGAAUUUGGCCGCUUUGGGUGAUGGUGACAGUGAUGAGCUGGGGAAUGAGGAUGAAAAGCAGCCACCAUUAUUGACACUGCAAAAAGCACCAUCUGCCAAGAGUCAUGCCUUCUCUUUUACAUCACCUAACAUACCGCAUUGGAAACCACACAGAUUUUCAGAAUAUGAGGGGGAUUUCAGUCUAAGCAAAAUGAUGGAAUUUUGCAUGAACUGUGGAAAGAGCUUCAUUAGCACAAGUAAUCUAAAUUGCCAUCAGAGGAGCCACAUAGAUGAGAGGUUAUGUACAUGUCCAGAAUGUGAAAAAAGCUUUUGCCAGAAACCAGAGAUGAUUUGUCCUAAAAUGAUCCACACAGGGUACAGACCAUAUAAUUGCCUGGAAUGUGGAAAGAGCUUUUUUGAGAACAGUGAUCUUACUCGACAUCAAAGGAUCCACACAACGGACAAACCCUAUAAAUGCUUGGAAUGUGGAAAGAGCUUCACUCAAAAAGGAAAACUUAAUUCUCAUAAAAAGAUCCACACUGGAGAGAGACCGUAUAAAUGUAUGGAGUGUGGAAAGACGUUUAUUGACAACUGGCACCUUACUUUCCACCAAAGGAUGCACACAGGGGAAAGACCAUAUAAAUGCUUGGCGAUCCACACAGGGGAGAAACCAUAUAAGUGCAUAGAGUGUGGGAAAAGCUUUGCUCAAACAGUACAACUUAAUGCUCAUAAAAGAAUGCACACGGGGGAGAGACCGUAUAAAUGCUUAGUAUGUGGAAAAAGUUUUAAUUGGAGCAGAGGUCUAAUACAUCAUGAAAGGAUCCAUACUGGGGAGAGACCAUAUAAAUGCACAGAGUGUGGAAAAAGCUUUUCUCAAGCAGCACAUCUUAGUACUCAUAAAAAGAUCCACACAGGGGAGAGACCAUAUAAAUGUUUGGUGUGUGGUAAGAGUUUUGCUCGGAAAGGAUGUCUUGCUGGUCACGAAACAAUUCACACAGGGGAUAAACCAUAUAAAUGCACAGAAUGUGGAAAGAGCUUUGCUCGGACAGGACAUCUUUAUUCUCACAAAAGGACCCACUCAGUAGAAAAACCAUAUACAUGCUUGGAGUGUGGAAAAAGUUUUAACUGGAACAGAGAUCUUACUCGUCAUAAAAGAGUCCAUACAGGGGAGAGACCAUAUAAAUGCAUAGAGUGUGGAAGAAGCUUUGCUCAAAUAGGGGCACUUAAUUCCCAUAAAAGAAUCCACAUGGAGGAGGGACCAUAUAAGUGCAUACCGAAGGCGGCGGCCUCGGAGGGAGUUUCUCCCCGUCGGGGCUGCGCUGAAGCCGGAGACGGAAUGGAGGCUCGGGGGUUUCCCCUUCAGGCGGGGAGCGGCCUCCCCGAGGGUCCCCGCAGCCCCGAGGCUGAGCGCUGGCGCUUCCGCAGCUGCGUCUCCCGGGAGGCGGAGGGGCCCCGGGCGCUUUGCAGCCGCCUGUACGGGCUGUGCCGGGGGUGGCUGCGGCCCGAGCGGAGCAGCAAAGCCGAGAUGCUGGACCUGGUGGUGCUGGAGCAGCUGCUGGCCCUGCUGCCCCCGGAGCUGGCGGGCUGGCUGAGGGAGUGCGGGGCGGAGAGCUGCGCCCAGGCGGUGGCCCUGGCCGAAGGCUGCCUCCUCGGCCCCGCAGCCGCCCCGGAAAAGCUGGCAAAGGGCCGGCAGAUCCAGGAGCCAUUCAUGGGGGAGAUCUCAGCAGAGCUCCAUGGAACAGGAGAUGGAUCCAGUCCUUCUAAAGAGCUUUUCAGACGGAUCCAACUGGGGCCACCUUGCCAGAGUUCUGCUCCCUUUGAGGAGGUGGCUGUGGACUUCACAGAGGAAGAGUGGGCACUGCUGGAUUCUGGCCAGAAGGAUUUAUGCCGGGAAGUCAUGCUGGAGGUUUCUAAGAAUAUGGCCACUCUGGGUGAUGGGCUGGAGAAUGAGAAUGAUAAGCAGCUGAGGUUAAUGCAAAUGCAAACAGCAAAGCAUGAAAUGGAAGAAAUGAUGUUUGGCCAUCAAAGGGACCCACAAAUUCAAGUGAGAAGCUCCUCAGAAGAUGGAGAGGGGAUCUCCUCCAUUUCUCUCCCUAUUGAAAUCCAUGGCUUCCUUACCCAGCAAGGGAAGAGAAAAGGAAAAUAUGGUAACAGAGAGCAAAGUGAAUUUGACUUAGGGGAAUGCGGCAGAAGCCAGAGCACAGGAAAAGAGUAUGUCACCAAACAGUGUGGAAAAUAUGUCAAUCAGUUCUUCUCUCUUGCUUUACAUACAAAACUCUAUGGGAAACACAAAGCACAUACCUUUGUAAAAUUUGGGAGGGAUUUCGUUUUGGGCAGAAAGAUAAAACUCUGCAUGAGGUGUGGAAAGAGCUUCAGUAGCAAAAGUAAUCUCAAUCGCCAUCAGAGGGUCCACACCGGUGAUAAACCUCAUAAAUGCAUGGAGUGCGGAAAGCAGUUCAGUCAGAAAGGACAUCUUACUCAUCACAGAAGGAUCCACACAGGGGAGAAACCAUAUACGUGCACAGAAUGCGGAAAGAGCUUUGCGCAAAAAGGACAACUUAGUUCUCAUAGAAGGAUCCACACAGGCGAGAGACUAUAUAAAUGCGUAGAGUGUGGAAAGAGGUUUAUUGAGAACAGAGAUCUUAUUUGCCGUGAAAGGAUCAAUCUAGAGCGGAGUCAAUAUAGGUGCAUGGAGUGUGAAAAAAGCUUUACUGACAACUUUACCCAUCAUGAAAGGAUCCACCCUAUAGAGACUCCCUACAAAUGCAUGUCAUGUGGAAAAGGAUUUACUCAGAAAGGACAUCUUACUCGUCAUGAACGAAUCCAUUCAGGGGAGAGACCAUAUAAAUGCAGAGAAUGUGGAAAGAGCUUUGCUGAGGAAGGACGACUUAAUUCUCAUAAAAGGAUUCACACAGGUGAAAGACCAUACAAAUGCAUAGAGUGUGAAAAGAGCUUCACUCAGAAAGAACAUCUUACUUGUCAUGAAAGGGUCCACACAGGGGAGAAACCUUAUAAGUGCACAGAGUGUGGAAAGGGCUUCAGUAGAAACUCUUAUCUCAACCGUCAUCAGAGGAUCCACACAGGUGAAAAACCAUAUGGUUGCAGGGAGUGUGGAAAAAGAUUCAUUGAGAAUAGAGAGCUAACUUCCCAUCAAAGGAUCCACACAGGAAACCGACCAUAUAAAUGCCUAGUGUGUGGAAAGAGCUUUUUUGGCAACAAAGAUCUUAUUCGUCACCAAAUGAUUCACAUAGGGGAUAAGCCGUUUAAAUGCCUGGAAUGUGGAAAGAGCUUUACUGAGAGAGGAAAACUUAUUUCUCAUAAAAGUGUCCAUUCAGGAGAGAGACCAUAUAAAUGCCUGGAGUGUGGAAAGAGCUUUACUCAGAAAGGAAAACUGAAUUCUCAUAAAAGGAUCCACACAGGGGAGGGACCAUAUAAAUGUAUGGAGUAUGAAGACAGUUUUAUGGACAACAAAGACCUUAAUCACCACCAAAGGAUCCACACAGGAGAGAGUCCUUAUAAAUGCAGUGAGGAUGAAAAAACCUUUUUAACAACUGCGGGACCUUUAUUUGUCAUGAAGACAUCCACACAGGAAGAAAUUAUAAAUGUCUGGAAUGUGGAAUAAGCUUCAUUGAGAAUACAGGUAGUCCUCAACUUAUACCCACAAUUGAGCACAAAAUUUCUGCUGUUGUGAGACAUUUGUUAAGUGAGUUUUGCCCCAUUUUACGACCUUUCUUGCCACAGUUAAGUGAAUCACAAAGUGGCUUCCCCAUUGACUUUGCUUGUCAGAAGGCCACAAAAGGGGAUCAUGUGACCCCAGGACAUAGCAAGAGUCAUAAAUAUAAACCAGUUACCAACUUUCUGAAUUUUGAUCACAUGAUCUUAGGGCUGCUGCAAAGGUUGUAACUGAAAAACGGUCAUAAGUCACAUUUUUCAGUGCUGUUGUAACUUUGAACAGUCGCUAAAUGAACUGUUGUAAGGCGAGGACUACCUGUAGUGUGCUUCUCAUAAAAAGAUGCACAUGGGAAAAACCAUAUAUGGGUAGUCCUUGACUUUCAACAGUUCAUUUAGUGAUUGUUCAACGUUAACAAUGGCACUGAAAAAAGUGACUUCUGACCAUUGUAGCAUCCCCAUGGUCAUGUGAUCAAAAUUCAGAUACUAGGUAACUGACUCAUGAUGCUUGCAGUGUCUCAGGGUCAUGUGAUCCCCUUUUGUGACCUGACAAAAGUCAAUGGGGAAGCCAGAUGUCAGCUUCCAAGCUGCAAUAAGGACAGAGAGGAGAGGCUUGAACUUCCACCUACUUAAUUCCCCUGAAGAACUGUCUCCACGGAGAUGGGAUGGGGGGGGGGGACAUUCCUGUGAAUUGACGGAGAUGGGAUGAGAAGAGUGACUUGGAAGAUGGCCAAUGAGACGCAGAGAAUUGGGAACCAGAAAGAGAGGUUUUGGGGGGAGGGGGCCAAAGUUCAGUGCUAACCGCAUUGAGUCAGGGUCAGUUCGUUAUGCUCAAUAAAGAGAAAAAUUUCCUCAAAGAUCGGGCGUUUGGAAAUUCAUUUAUUUGUAGAUAAUAACGAAGCUUGACACCAGAUUUACUUAACAUUUUGACUAAUUUAAGGCUACUUCUGCUGACUGCAAGCUGCUUGCAGUUUGGCAGAUCGAAUCUCACCAAGCUCAAGGUUGACAGCCUUCCAUCCUUCCGAGGUGGGUAACAUGAAGACUCAGAUUGUUGGGGGCAAUAUAUUGACUCUGAAAAACGCUUAGAGAGGGCUAUAAAAGCACUGUGAAGCAGUAUAUAAGUCUAAGUACUAUUGUUAUUGCUAUUAACACAUACAGUGGUUCACUUAACUGUGGAAACAAAGGUUAUAAAAUGGGACAAACUCAAUAAAUGUUUAUUUAUUAACAUAAAUUUUAGAAUAGAUAGAAUAGAAUUCUUUAUUGGCCAAGUGUGAUUGGACACACAAGGAAUUUGUCUUGUUGUAUACGCUCUCAGUGUACAUAAAAGAAAAGAUACAUUCGUCAAGAAUCAUAAGUUACAACACUUAAUGAUAGUCAUAGGGAACAAAUAAGCAAUAAAAUCAUAUUAGGAAACAGUCAAUAUAAGUCAUAAGGAUGCCAGCAACAAGGUUAGUCAUAGUCAUAAGUGGGAGGAGAUAGGUGAUAUUUUGGGCUCAAUUGUGGUCGUAAAUUGACUCCAUGAAAUAAGGUUAAUUCAAAACAGUCAAUUUUUCCAUCAUCAAAGGACGCAGACACAGGAGGAAACUUUCUAUUGCAUGAAACCAGCAGAGACAUUUGGUUUGUAUAAAUUAUAUAAAUAAAUUUGUUCCAUGAUUUCUCAAAAGGA